CUCUUACCGCCAUCUUGGCUCCUGUGGAGGCCUGCUGGGAACGGGACUAACGGGACUUCUAAAAGGAACUAUGUCUGGAAGGCUGUGGUCCAAGGCCAUUUUUGCUGGCUAUAAGCGGGGUCUCCGGAACCAAAGGGAGCACACAGCUCUUCUUAAAAUUGAAGGUGUUUACGCCCGAGAUGAAACAGAAUUCUAUUUGGGCAAGAGAUGCGCUUAUGUAUAUAAAGCAAAGAACAAUACAGUCACUCCUGGCGGCAAACCAAACAAAACCAGAGUCAUCUGGGGAAAAGUAACUCGGGCCCAUGGAAACAGUGGCAUGGUUCGUGCCAAAUUCCGAAGCAAUCUUCCUGCUAAGGCCAUUGGACACAGAAUCCGAGUGAUGCUGUACCCCUCAAGGAUUUAAACUAACGAAAAAUCAAUAAAUAAACGUGGAUUUGU